GUCAUUUUAGUUGCACUUAAAACACUGAAACCGUAAAGAUGUCUCUUUCCGCUGUUGUCUGCGAAACUUAUUACGAUGAAAACACUAAGACCUGGUAUGGUCCCAAACAAAAGGACUUUUAUGGACCUGAUAUGACUUUGGGUGAUGCUAUUAUUACAGUAUUGCAACAGAAUCGUAAAAAAGUAUUACAAUAUGUAGACAACACUGGGGAAGAGUUAACGGGAGAACAGUUGCUGAAGAAUGCCUUGAGUAUUUGUAAAACAUUUGUUAAAUUGGGUGUACAGCCCAGAGAUGUUAUGGGUUUAUAUGCCACCAAUUCUCAUUACUUGUCAUCGAUUAUAUUGGCCGUUUGGUUGAGUGGUGCCGCUAUAAAUGCUGUUUUUGAUCUAUUUGAUCAAGCUGAAUUGGAAGUUAUUUAUAAGGUAACACGUCCUAAAUUUAUUUUUUGUGAUGUGGCCAAUUAUCAGGCAGCUGUAAAUGUUAAUGAAAAUCUGAAUUUAAAUGCUCGCAUUUAUAUUGUGAAUGGUGAGGUUGCAAAUCUACCCAAUGUUAAAGAAUUAUUGGGCGAUUAUAGUGAUGAGGAAUUGGAAGAAUUUGUACCUCCCUGCUCGAAUAUAGAUGGUGAUUAUAGUGCGGCAAUUAGUUGUUCCUCGGGCACUACAGGACCUCCCAAAGGUGUAUGCAUGUCUCAUAAGGCGGCCUUGAAUCAAAGAGUAUACCACACCCUCCGUACCGACUCGGUUGCCUUUUCCUUCAGCUCGAUCUAUUGGGUUUCUGGCUUUUGGACUUUGAAGGAAUCACUUUUACGUGGUUGCUUGCGUAUCGUCACCACCAAACCCUUUACACCCGACUAUUUCAUGGAUGUGGUGAAGCGUCAUCGGGUGACCCAUAUGAUUAAUAGUACCGUGAAUAUGACUGAAAUCGCACUUUUAAAUAAACCAGAAUGGAAGGAUUGCAUGAAAUCCAUAGAUACUAUACUCUGUGGUGGUUCCAAAGUACCACAAGUUACUUAUGAAACUAUUAAUGCUCUUGUAGAUGAUAAUACGAAAAAACCUGGAUUUGUGGUGGCCUAUGGUAUGACCGAGUUAUCUGCUUUGCUCACGAAUAAUUAUGUUUUAUUGGGUCGUGGUCUCAAGGGUUCCGAUGGCAAACUGUUGCCCAAUAAGAUAGUACGGAUUCUAGAUAAGGAUGGCAAAGCUUUGGGCAUUAAUGAGCACGGUGAAAUACACAUUAAAUUCCGUUAUAAUUGGUUGGGUUAUAUGAAUAACCAGGAGGCCUUUGAAAAGGUUUUCAAAGAUCAAUGGUUCUCAACAGGAGAUGUGGGCUAUUUCGAUGAACAGGGUUUUUUGCAUAUUUGUGCCCGCGAUAAAGAUGUCUAUAAGUCAUUCAAUUUACAUGUUUAUCCUGAGAAAAUAGAAAAUGUCAUCUUAAGAAUUCCCGGUGUACAAGAGGUCUGUGUCUUUGGCAUUCCCAAUGUUUUGUAUGCCAAUGUCUCGGCCUGUGCUGUGGUACGUGCCAAAACUCCUGAGGGUGAAAAGUUAACUGAGGAUUUGAUUAAGAAGGUGGUGAGUGAGGAAUUGCAGGAAUACUAUCACUUGCAUGGUGGUGUUUAUUUCUUUGAUACUCUACCCAAAACGGGCUCCGAUAAAAUUAAGAGAAGUCACAUACGUGAUCUUGUUAUCAAAGAUAUGAAUGUUGAUUUUGAUUAGAAAUGUGUUUAUGUAAUUUAUGUGGAAUUUUUUUGUUGAUUUAUUGGACUUUUAUUUUAGAAAGUGCAAAUAUUUUUAUGGAAAAAAUGUACAAAUUUUGAAUUGUUUAAAUAAAUAAAGUUUUUAUUUAUU